CCAGCCCGGCCCGGCAUGGCAGCUCCCCCGCGCCGCAGCCGGCUCCGCGCCGCCGCCUCCCGGUGCCCGCCGCCGCCGCCGCCUCCGCUGCUGCCGCUGCUGCUGCUCCUGGCCAGCGGGCCCGGCUCGUCCGCCUCGCGGGAGCCCGACAGCCCGUGCCGGGCGAAGACGGUCACCGUGUCCACCCUGCCCGUGCUCCGCGAGAACGACAUCAGCUGGCGCGGCUCCCCGCCGGCCGCCAGCGCCGCCGCCCCCGGCCCCUCGGGCCCCGGCCCCGCCGCCGAGUCCCGACUCCUGCUCUUCGUCCGCAACGAGCUGCCCGGGCGCAUCGCGGUGCAGGACGAUCUGGACAACACGGAGCUGCCCUUCUUCACCCUGGAGAUGUCUGGGACUGUGGCGGAUAUUUCCUUGGUGCACUGGAAGCAGCAGUGGCUGGAGAACGGCACCCUGUAUUUCCACGUCUCCAUGAGCAGUGCUGAGCAGCUGUCCCGGGCCACCCCGCCCACCCUUCAAGAGCCUUCUGAGAUCGUGGAGGAGCAGAUGCACAUUCUUCACAUUUCUGUCAUGGGUGGCCUGAUCGCUCUGCUCCUGCUCCUGCUGGUGUUCACGGUGGCGCUGUAUGCCCAGCGGCGAUGGCCCAAGCGUCGCCGGAUCCCCCAGAAGAGUGCCAGCACCGAAGCCACCCAUGAGAUCCACUACAUCCCCUCGGUGCUGCUGGGCCCGCAGGCCCGGGAGAGCUCCCGCAACUUGCGCCUGCAGGCUCACAACUCCGUCAUCGGCAUGCCCAUCCGCGAGACGCCCAUCCUGGAUGACUACGACGUGGAGGACGAGGACGAGGUCCCACAGCAGGUGGAGGCUGGCCCGAGGGAGGACGAGUUCGGCAGCCAGGUGACGCGGACGCUGGAGAGCCUGGGCAGGGGCGGGGAGGAGAAGCCCGAGUUCGAGAAGAAAGCCGCUGAGGCGACGCAGGAGACAGUGGAGUCCCUGAUGCAGAAGUUCAAGGAGAGUUUCCGCACCAACACGCCCAUUGAGAUCGGCCAGCUCCAGCCGGCCCUGCGCAGCACGUCGAUGGGGAAGCGGAAACGCAGGAGCAGACCCCGAGGUGGAAUUGGGUUUGGACGUGCCAAGGGAAACUCUGGCUCAGAGGCAGAUGACGAAACGCAGCUGACCUUCUAUACCGAGCAGUAUAGGAGCCGGAGACGGAGCAAAGGCUCUCUGAAGAGUCCGGUGAACAAGACGGCCCUGAUGCUAAUUGCAGUCAGCUCCUGCAUCCUGGCCAUGGUGUGUGGUACCCAGCUGUCCUGCCCUUUGACAGUGAAGGUCACGCUUCAUGUGCCCGAGCACUUCAUUGCAGACGGAAGCAGUUUUGUUGUGAGCGAGGGAAGCUACCUGGACAUCUCUGACUGGUUAAACCCAGCCAAGCUCUCCCUUUACUAUCAGAUUAACGCCACCUCCCCCUGGGUGAGAGAUCUCUGUGGGCAGAGGACCACCGAUGCCUGUGAGCAGCUGUGUGAUCCAGAGACUGGUGAGUGCAGCUGUCAUGAAGGCUAUGCCCCUGACCCAGUGCAUCGGCAUCUGUGUGUGCGCAGUGACUGGGGGCACAGUGAAGGGCCUUGGCCCUACACAACGCUCGAAAGGGGCUACGACUUGGUCACAGGAGAGCAAGCACCCGAGAAGAUUCUCAGGUCCACUUAUAGUUUGGGUCAGGGCCUCUGGCUACCUGUCAGUAAGAGCUUCGUGGUGCCUCCUGUGGAGCUUUCCAUCAACCCUCUCGCCAGCUGCAAGACAGACGUCCUGGUGACAGAAGACCCGGCAGACGUCAGGGAAGAAGCGAUGCUGUCCACCUACUUCGAAACCAUCAAUGACCUGCUCUCUUCCUUUGGGCCGGUCCGAGACUGCUCACGCAACAACGGUGGCUGCACCCGUAACUUCAAGUGUGUGUCGGACCGCAAAGUGGACUCCACAGGCUGUGUGUGCCCGCAGGAGCUGAGGCCCAUGAAGGACGGCACUGGCUGCUACGACUAUUCCAAGGGGAUCGACUGUUCGGAUGGCUUCAAUGGUGGCUGUGAGCAGCUGUGCCUCCAGCAGACCCUUCCCCUGCCAUAUGACCCUUCCUCCAGCGCCAUCUUCAUGUUCUGCGGCUGUGUCGAGGAAUACAAACUGGCUCCAGAUGGCAAAUCCUGCCUCAUGUUGUCUGACAUCUGCGAGGGCCCCAAGUGCUUGAAGCCAGACACCAAAUUCAACGACACCCUCUUUGGCGAGAUGCUGCACGGGUACAACAACAGGACCCAGCAUGUCAACCAAGGCCAGGUGUUCCAGAUGACCUUCAGGGAGAAUAACUUCAUCAAGGACUUCCCCCAGCUGGCCGACGCGCUAAUGGUGAUUCCGCUGCCCGUGGAGGAGCAGUGCCGCGGCGUCCUUUCUGAGCCUCUGCCUGACCUCCAGCUGCUCACGGGAGACAUCAGGUAUGAUGAGGCAAUGGGCUACCCCAUGGUGCAACACUGGAGGGUCAGAAGCAACCUGUACAAGGUGAAGCUCAGCACCAUCACCCACGCUGCAGGAUUUGCAAAUGUGCUGAAGAUCCUAAGCAAGGACAGCAGCCGGGAGGAGCUGUUGUCAUUCAUUCAGCAGUACGGCUCUCACUACAUCCAAGAGGCACUGUAUGGAUCAGAGUUCAGCUGCACCAUCCACUUCCCCAGCAAGAAGGUCCAACAGCAGCUUUGGCUCCAGUACCAGAAAGAAACGACUGAACUCGGUACCAAGAAGGAACUCAAGUCCAUGCCAUUCAUCACCUACCUCUCAGGCCUGCUGACAGCUCAGAUGCUCUCGGACGAUCAGCUGAUCUCAGGCGUGGAGAUCCACUGCGAAGAAAAGGGCCGCUGCCCCUCCACCUGCCAUUUGUGUCGGCGCCCAGGCAAGGAGCAGCUCAGCCCAGCCCCCGUGCUGCUGGAAAUUAACCGCGUGAUGCCCCUGUACACUCUGAUACCGGACAAUGACACAAAGGAGGCCUUCAGGGGAGCCCUGAUGAGCUCAUACUGGUGCUCAGGGAAAGGAGACGUUAUCGAGGAUUGGUGCCGAUGUGACCUGAAUGCCUUCGACGAGAAUGGACUCCCAAACUGCAGUCCUCUCCCUCAGCCUGUGUUGCGCUUAUCCCCCAGCGUAGAGCCCUCCAGCACCGUGGUCUCUCUGGAGUGGCUGGACGUCCAGCCUGCAAUCGGGACAAAGGUCUCCGAUUACAUCCUUCAGCACAAGAAGGUUGAUGAGUACACGGACACUGACCUCUACACAGGAGAAUCCUUGAGCUUUGCUGAUGAUUUGCUCUCUGGACUCGGAACUUCCUGCGUGGCAGCUGGCAGGAGCCAUGGAGAGGUCCCAGAAACCAGCCUUUAUUCGGUCAUUUUCAAGUGCCUGGAACCAGACGGCCUGUACAAAUUUACCCUCUAUGCCGUGGACACCCGAGGGAGGCAUUCAGAGCUGAGCACCGUCACCCUGAGAACAGCCUGCCCACUAGUGGAUGACAGCAAGGCAGAAGAGAUAGCCGACAAAAUCUACAACCUCUACAAUGGCUAUACCAGUGGGAAGGAGCAGCAGACAGCCUACAACACGCUGAUGGAGGUCUCCACGUCCAUGCUCUUCCGAGUCCAGCACCACUACAACUCACACUACGAGAAGUUUGGAGACUUUGUCUGGCGCAGUGAGGAUGAGCUGGGGCCCAGCCAACUGAGAAAUAAAAAAAGAAGGGAGCAUACAUUAAACUCCGGAGUCCCCAGGGAGUUAUUGGAGGAACAGGUUUGGUUCAGGAAUGUAUUGCCAAAUCAGUCAUAUAUAUCUAUUUUACUCUAAUUGCCAAAGAUUCCGGUAAGGGUUACUUUACUUGAGCUGCUCAUACCACCCAAGCCCUAGCCCCGGCGGGAGUUUGCCAGUUUUGAAGCCAUAGGGCAGGGCUCUGGAAACUUUCUGUGAUAGGUCAAUACUACUGAAGAGGCUGUUACUGCCUAGAGGGCAGCCUAGGUUAGAUGACCCAAUGCAGUUGAGAGACGUGAUGAAUUGUAUUCCCAACUUUUUAUCUAGAGCAGGUCACUAAACCUCCUUGUGCCUCAGUUUUCACAUCUGUACACUGGGAAUAAUAGUAUAGAUGCCAUAACCCUUAAUUCAUUGUCAUAGAAUCAUAGGACUGGAAGGGACCUCGAGAGGUCAUCUAGUCCAGUCCCCUGCACUCAUGGUAGGACUAAGUAUUAUCUAUCCCAUCCCUGACAGGUGUUUGUCUAACCUGUUCUUAAAAAUCUCCAAUGAUGGAGAUUCCACAACCUCCUUAGGCAAUUUAUUCCAGUGCUUAACCACCCUGACAGGAAGUUUUUCGUAAUAUCCAACCUAACUCUUCCCUUGCUGCAAUUUAAGCUCAUUGCUUCUUGUCCUAUCUUCUGUAUCAUCUGUAAAGCAUUUUGAGAUCCUUGCAUAGCAGGAGCUAUAGACAUUUAAUUACAGUAAAAACUGUGUUAUCCAGCCCUGUACCAAUCGGAAAGCUCUAUAAAUCCGGCAUUUCUAAUCUUCAGAGAAAGUCCGGUGUAUAGUCCAGUUGGCGAGGGGCCGCGGUUCCCAGCCAAUGGGAACUGCGGAGUCAGCGCUCGGGGCAGGGAGGGGGCAAUGCACAGAGCCGCCUAGCCUCGCCUCCACCUAGGAACAGCAGGGAUAGGUCAUGGCUUGCGGGGAGCUGCUUCAGGUGAGCGCCCCCCUGGAUCUGGCACCCUGAAACUUCUCCCGUGCCCUAACCCGCUCCCGCACCCCCUCCUACAUCCGAACUCCCUCCCUCUUAGUUAACCUGAAUUUUUCUCUUACCAGCACCCCCCCAUUUCCCAACAUGCCAGACAAAAAAAACUUUUACUGUAAUUAGGAAUCAGAAGACAGACUCUAUCAAUCUAUCUGCUGGCAACUGUUAACAGAACUGUUUUGUGUAUGUGACAGGACAAACUACCAACAAAACCUAGGAGCCCUGGCUAGAGCUAAGUGAAUAAUUGUUUUGGGUUUUUUGGUGUUGGCCGAACCAAAAUUGAUAUUUUUUUUCUUGCCGAAAUAAAAAACCGAAAAAAAUUUCAGUCUGGUCGAACAAAAUGUUUUGGAUGUUGAAUCAAAACAACAUCUUGAAACAAGUUGUCUGUUCGAAUUGACAUUUUCUAAACAGAAUGUCAGUUCCAAGGGAUUGUAACAGCUCAUUUUGUAACAGCUCAUGUUGAAAAUGUCAAAACAAACCAUUUCAACAUUUAAAAAAAGAUCUUUUUUGUUUGAUUGGUUGGUUGGUUGUCUUUUGGUGGGAGGGUUAUGCACAACUGUUGGCUAAAUUCAACCUGAAAAAUGAAUUUUUCGGCAAAUUUACUAUUCCCCAAAACAAUGUCACCCACCUCUAGUCCUGGCUCCUAGCUCUCUGGUCCAACUGCUUCCACCUUCUUGCUAUGUCUCCGUC